GUGGAACGAAGAAGAAACACGGAAGUACAGUGGAGGCGCGUAUUGUGAGAGAGGAAUAACACCCGUUGUGUGAAAGUAAUUUAAUUUUAAAAGUCCAGUUUUCUUAUAUUUUCGAUUAACAGCAGCACAAACAGAAGGUCAGUUUAGACUGAGUCAUGUCACGACAGAUGGGAGACAGCCAUCGCAGAUUUCUACAGACCAUGAUGGCCUGUGGCAUUGUUGAUGAACCAGGGGCACGGAGGCUUUUUCAAUAUUGCUGUCAGACCCACAAUGCACAGCACACCCCUGACCAACUGGAUGAUUUUAUUGAAACCAUCAACUCCAAGCUGCAGCCCCUGUUCAUGCAGAUUAGGAAGGGGAUUUCUGAAGACACUGGCCAGCAGUUCUAUGCCCUGGUAAACAUGGCUGUGACUGAUAUCACCAGGAUGUCUUCAGAUUAUGCCGACAAUGAGCUCGAGCUGUUUGGAAAAACAAUUGACCUGAUAGUGAGCUCUGACAAUGGUAGAGUGUCCUCUACUGACAUUUUAAACAGUGCUGACACCCUGGCCACCAAAAAGCUGAAGAAGAGUGAGACAGAGCACCUCCUGAACCGACUUGUGCAAGACAAAUGGCUGAAUGAGAAAAGGGGGGAGUACACUUUAUCCACCAGAUGUAUUAUAGAGAUGGAGCCGUACAUCCGCACAAUGUACCAGGACCAGGUCAAAGUGUGCCACAUCUGUCGCAACAUCGCUAUCCAGAGCCAAAUUUGUGAGAAUCCUAUAUGUGGGAUAAAAAUACACUACCAUUGUGUGGCCCGAUACUUUAAAGGAAGAGCAGAGCCGCGCUGUCCAGCCUGUGAGGACUUUUGGCCACAUGAAAUCCCUGAAGUCAGACGGUCUCACUCUUAGUCCAGAAGAGGAAAUCUGCAGGAAAUUUUCUUUUGACUGCAAAAUAUUUAACUAUGUUUUUGACUAAACUGUUAGUGAAACAAAGCUGUACAUAUUAAAGUUUUUUAUUUUUAUCUUUCAAAAACCUAUGAGAAGGCAUCUGAUGCUGUAAGGUUAAUAUGUUCACAGUAUAUGUCAGCAACUUGUUUGUUCCCACCCUUUGUUCUUUUGUUGACUCUGUUGUUCCCUUUUAUCAGCCAAAUGCCUCUAUAUUCUUGAGAACAUAAGAAACCUAAAAUUUGUUUUAGGCUACAUUUGCUGACAUAUUUUGUUUUAUGCACAUUCAGCAAUGCUUGUAUCUGUCUUUUUCUUAUUCUAAUAAAAUUCCUCAGAGGA